AUGAGUUGUGCUUAUCGACCAGUGUUUCCAUCGAGCAAGCCAGAAGCUGAACCAUCUGUUCCAGGGAUGGAGUAUAAUCAACCAGGGAGAAGAUUUGGAAUCCCUCCCAGGAGUACAGGAAGAGAUGAUGAUCGCCUGCCAUUUCCAAGAAGAGGACCAUCAUUUGAUCCCUAUCAGAAAGAGAAGAGAGGUGGUGAAGAUCCUAACCAGGGAUGGCUAAAGAUGAUUGAGAAAUUCAACAGAGGUGAGGAUCCAGAAGACACUACUGAGGAGGAUAUAGAGGAACAGAUCAGGGUCUUCAAGGGUAGUAGAGAUUUUAAGUCCAAAUUGAAUGAGCACUCACUCCAGAGUGGCUUUGGUGUGGCGGCAUAUGAAACAAGACCAGCAGGUCGAAUGCAGAAUGAUGGAUUCGUUAGCUGUUGCAUUGUUGGGGGAAGAAAUUACCAGUGUAAAAUGAGUUUCCGUGCAAAGAAAGAUGCAGAGCAAGCUGCUGCUAGGAUGGCUUUAGUAGACUGGGGAAUCAUAAGUCAAGAUGCCAAGUUACCUAAUGCAGAUAGGAUCAUAAACAAAAAUGUUGAUCUCUCUAUAAGUCCUGCAGAAACCUUUGACCCCAACUACCCCAAAGGCAGAGGCAGAAACUUUGAUAAUAGAUACAAUAAUGAUAACUCUGGCAAUGAUGAUCCAUGUAAAACCUCCUUUAGUUCACAAGAAAAUGUGGAUGAUGAUUUUGAAAAGAAAGACUUAAUAAGGAGUGAAAUAGAGAGGUUUAGAAGCAAACACAAGGGUGAAGUGGUGUCAAAUGCUAGACUUUUGGAUAAACCAAGUUUUGAUCAUGAAGAUUGGCCCCCUCGUGGAGGAGAGCAGAGAUACCCUAGAAAUGAACAUGGAUACCCUCCACACUUUCCCAGAGGCCCCCCACGAGGUGGAUACAAUGGCCCAGGUCCAAGGCCUUGUGGUGGUGUGCCUCCAUUAAUGAAUCCUCAGUUUAAUCCGCCACCACGACACCGCCACCCUAUCCCUAGAAUGAUGUUAAACUACCCUGAGGAUCCUCAGUGGGAGAAUGAGGCUUGGGAGGAAGAUAUGGGGCCAAGGAGACAUAGGGAUAGAUCGCCAAUUGCCAGGGCACCUCCGCCACCACCUAACUCUCUACAGUCAAUACUUGAUCACACAAAUGCAAAGAUCAAAGUAGCGGCAGUUGGCCAUGGUUACAUGUGGUCAAUCUUUGGGUCCAUGAAAGCAAACAAUCCUAAAACACCACGUGAUUUUGGCAUUAAAGAACUGGCAGUACAAAUGCUUUGUCCUGAAUGGGGCUAUACAAUCAAAGAUAUUCUAAGAAGCCGUCCUUCAUUGGUCUAUAUACAGGUUGAAGAUAAGGACAUAAUGGGUCAGCGUCCUGAACAUGGACCACAUCCAAUCAUCAGCCUGGCAGAAAAUCUCAUAGAAAUGUCCCGUGGCCAUAUCAAGAAGGUGAUCAUAGGGAAGGCGUUUGCAAGAUUCCACACUCUCUCCUCAGAGUCUUCAGCCGUGGCCUAUUUCAAUGACAGAUGUGCCAAGCUGAAUCAAGAGCUGAAGUCAAGCAUUGCCAAGCGUGAUUUCCUGCUAUGGUGGAAUCACAAAGAUGUUGGAAUGUCAGACAGGAAGAAUGUAAAGGAUGAUGGGUUUAAUUUAAGCGACCUUGGUGUCUUCAGACUAUGGAAGUCAAUUAGAGCCUCACUGAUGAGGUUCAAAGAGGAGUUCUCUUUAAUGGGAGGCAAAACAGCUGUGAUUGACUAUGGACACACAUCUGCUGGUCAAGCUGAGUUGUCACCUACAGCUGUGUUGCAGGAAGCCAUAUCAAAUGCUACAAUGAUUAAACAGCACAUGAUGCAUCAAAAUGUCAUGCAGAAAACUGCACAGGUAAAACAUGAAGAGUACAUGAGGCACUGGGAAAGGAAUCGCUACUCUGAUCAACAUCAGUCACGUCGUAGAUCCCAUGAUGACAAACCCAAGGAUCGUCACACAUUAGUUGUAGAGGAGGAAGACUAUGAAGAAGCUGAUGCUGAUAUUGUUGAGGCUAAUAAACGUCUCAUUGAGGACAAGGCAAAUAUGUCAAUGAAGCAGUUUACUGAUGUUUAUGGUAGAGGACGUGCUGAAAACAUUAAGUAUAGACAUAAACGCUAUCAGCAAGAGCAGAUCCUGCGCCACAGAUAUAAACUCUACAUCUCUGACAAGGCGACACUAGGACUCAUGGAAAUGGAAGAAAAAUAUGGUGGCAGCAAAAGCUGCAAUGAUCUGGAGCAGGAAUACAAGGAGAUGAAGGAUGCGGAGGAGCUUGAAGAGCGCUACAAGACCUACCUUAAAGACAAAGACACCCUGACAGCUCUUGAGUGGGAGGAGAAAUAUGGCGGGACUGGCGGUGAAGAAAUUGAGGAGAAAUUCAAAACAUUCAAAAGACGUCAGUACCUUAUUGACGCUCAACAUCGCUGUACUUAUGAUAAGCAAAAUUUGUCAAAAUCUGACUUCAACAGCAAAUAUUACAAGAAGUACCUGGAUGUGUUAAAAGAGGCCUUUAAUCGCCAAAAAGAGCAGAAGACUCUUUCAAAAGAAGACCAGGAACUAGUGGCUAAAUAUAAGGCGUGGGAAUAUGACAAGAAAUCAAUGUCAAUGGUUGAAUACGAGAAGAAAUACCCAGAUGAUGUGACGGAUGAACUAGAAACAGAGUAUAAGGUGUUCAAAGAGAAAAAUCAGGGUUCACUCGAAUCUUCUGAGGUGGAUGAAUUCUUCUAUAUUCUACAUAAGUUCCUUUAUGAAAAAGCAUUCAAAUCAAAAACCAAAGUGAAAUUGAACUAUACAAGAGAGUUUCUAGAUCUCCUUUUCUCCGUCUGGGACAAACACAAAAAUGGGAAAUCAGAACAGGUGGAUUACGAAGAGGUAAUAUUUGAAGAAGGUUACACGAGAUACAUGAUGGAUAAAGAACAAUUGACCCCCAGUGUGUUCAUGAUGAAAUAUACACCUAAGAUCAUUACUGAUUUUGAGACAAGACGCGAAGAGCUUGCACAAAGGAAGAAAGGGGACAUGACUGCCAGUACAGAUAAUCAGCUGCUAGAGGCGGAGUAUCAGACAUACAUGGCAGACAAACAACAACUCAGUAUGAUGGCCUUUACUGAGAAAUACAACCCAGUUUAUAUAAAAGAUCUGGAGGAUCGUUACGCUGCACUUAAAGGGACUAAGCCUGAUGUAACAACUGACGCAAUGCAAGCUCAUCUGAUGCAGCAACAACAAUUGAUGAUGUCACAAUACGGGAUGAUGGGUCAAGGAAUGAUGCCUGGAAUGAUGAACCAGUUCUAUCAACCUGGUUCUAUGUUCCCAGCUGCUGAGACUGCAACUGGUGAGGAAGAUAAGGCUGAUGACAUCACAGAGGUUGAAAUGGAGCUGAGUGAUAAUGAAGGUGACUCAAGUGAGGCAAAAGCAGAGGAGCCCAUUGUGAAGCCUCACCCAAUGGGCCAGUACCCACCCCUCAAGCCAGCAGAGCCUGGACCCACAGGGCUCGAAGAGAAACAAGAGCCAGUGACCCAAUCUUUCAGUGAUUUCUUAAAGAAACAAAUGUAAAACAGAACCCCAGCGGCAAAUAGUGACAUCUAUAAACCAAAGAUUGGAAAUACCAUAUAUGGGCAUAUUGGUAACUCCAAUCUUUCUGCGGAUCCGGAAGGACAUUAGAGUUGAAAAUAAACAUUGAGUAGAUAGACCAUGAGUCUACAUUAUUCCAUAUACUUCGGAAUAUAUUAGCGCCAGUGAACUUUAUAAAUACCUGUAUUUCAUAUUAAAAUACUUGUAUUUAAAUGAAUGAUAUUUCAAAGAGACAAAUUUGAACAUAUCUGAGGAAAAGUAGUUUUGUCAUUAUAACACGUAUACAAUAUAAAAUAGGGUAAGUGAUUAUGAAAACAAAUAGUGACAUCAUCUUCAGGAAAAGACUUUUGAAAUGAGAAAUAUUUGUAUUUCUGAAAUACCUGUAUUUAUCAUGUGAAUAAUUUCAUGAAAAUGUGUAAUAAUCGAAGUAAGGGACUUGGAACUUUUAAACAACAAACAACUUCCAUAUCUUGAAAAACUGUUCCAUGAGCAUCUAAAGAGGUAAGAUCACAUGACUUGGUUGAUUUUGUUGAAUGAAACACCUCAGCCGCAUAUUCAUACUUCCCAAUUGUCCAGUACUUAGUCUCUGUCAACUAUAAAAUUGGAGAAGGAUCGUUGAACUGAAAACAGUUUUUGGAGAUAUGGAUGUUAGAGAUAUCUUUAAUUUACAUUGAGUUACUAUAUAGGAGACAAUUUGAUGCAUC